CGGAUGAGGCUGGGGGGAUUUGGGGCAUGUCCCCCGGAAUUUACGCCCAUGCUAGUCACAUAAAUACAGUUUAUGUCCCAAACUACACAUGCCUACUAGGGUAGCCUAAUGAAUGACAUGAAGAAGUGCUCACAAUAGUCUGCACACUUGAUGGCUUUUUAAUCACUUCCCAAGCACGUGAUAUAAUUUCUUCACAGACUACAUGUGGAUGUCAUGUAGGCAUGGCUGUGUUGUGUGGGACGCGACCGCGAUCUCUAGGCAACAAAUGACACUGACGCUCUGCAGUACAUCAGUUACAUUUCAGAACUAGACAGCUCCGUCUCAGAUCCUCAGAUCAACACAUUAUUUAUUUUGAGCCGAGCUGAUGAAGAAGAGCUGCGCUUCCUCCUUGCCCAGAGUGAGCCUACUGAAGCAGUCAUGCUGCCAAAGCCGCGUUGCGACGAGCAGGUCGUUAUGCAGAUAUAUGAAUGUACCAUAUGAAAGGGGGCGCUACGACAUCGAGAGCUUGACAGAAAGAGGAAGCGAUGCUUUUAUUAAGUUUCAGCCUCAGGCUUUUCCCCCGAGCCCCCACGCUCCACUUGCCCCCAUGCGAGAUGAUGUGCCUCUCACUGAACCGUGUACUGGACGCCUGAGCGCCGCCGCCCGCGCCGAGCUGGGGCUCCGCGAAAGGGACACGUUCACCUACAGAGUGUCUACUGCUCCGUCUGAUCUGAGAACAGCGACACAUCGGCCUCAUACUUCCUCAUUCAGACCUUCACCUGGUUUGUGUGACGCAUCGGCGAAGAGGUGCUGGGGCUCCAGAGUCAAGAGUACGGUACCAGCUGACACUGAACACCACUGCAGCAAGGAGAGACCUGAUCCAGGUUCCAGCAGUCCGCUGGCCUGUGAAGAUCUCAAGAGGAAUGCAUUUAUCUCUGUUUCCCCUGAAUCAAUGGACAAGGCUUUGCAGCACAUCUACACUCCAGAAGCACAAAGAAGUUACAAGGAUAAUCAAUGGAACACCAAUUUAUCCCCUCAUCAACCACCACUGAAUACGCUGGAGGAAAUGGCAGACCCUGUAAGUCAGUGCUUUGUUUUGAAGAGAUACAACAGCAGGCCUGAACUAUGGCAGACUAUUGGACCUCAUUGGAAUAAGUAUCAAAUUCGUGCCUCAUAUAAUGUUAAGAAGCCCUUCAGUUUUACCAGCCCUUGUCCAAAAUCAGGACAAAUCCCUUCAUAUAGUGGUGUUAUAGGCUCUGAGAAUAUGGACAAUAUUGACAUCCCAGAGAAAGACUUCAUUCCACUGACAGUGCUGCGUACUGUCUUACCUCCUGACACUCCCACAGCCCAGUAUCCGUCCAACUAUUCCUGGUUACACUGGGAAAGCUCUACACAACAGACCACACACUUCAGCUACCAGCCAGCCUUCUUCAAUGCUCCCUCAUCAGACUACAAGGAGCAGUUCAACCCCAUCUCCCUAUGGUCGACAAGCCCCCUUGUCCAGAGUGGUCAUCCCUGUCUCACCGAGCAAUCCGUUCCUUCAACCUAAAGCAUCUACUCCUAUUUAUUCUUCAUCUCGUUGCAUGAAAAUAAAAUAGCCACAAAAUGGAGGAGUAAAAAAUGUUGCUUUUAAAGAAAUCAAGUCUGUAUUAAUGAUUGCACAGACUGGGUUUCUGUAAAUUCAGAAUAAUGAGAUGCUUUAUUAGCAUAAUUUCUUUGAUUCAGAUCCGACAUUCUUUGAAUAUGAAAGAAUGUUUCAUAGCUUUGUGUGUGUGUGUGUGUGUGUGUGUGUGUGUGUGUGUGUGUGUGUGUGUGUGUGUGUGUGUGUGUGUGUGUGUGUGUGCAUCAAAGUGUGAUGCCUUGCAUAUUGUUCUAAGAAGACCUUUUUACAUUUUAUGACUUCCUCAAUGAGUUUACUCAAUCAUUUGCAAUAAAAAAAUUUUGCAACAGUG